CCUCGCCCGCAAAUAGGGUCACGUGUGGUAUAUUAGAUUAUAGCUCUGUUGAAAUUAAAGUAAUACUGUCAGCACAGAAUAUCAACUCAUAGUGCUAACUAGCUAGAGAUAGUAUCAAUCAGGGCUGUAUACUCAGUACAGUCUCUUGGACAAGAAACAUAUAGACAAUGCUGGCAAUGGCAUCAGCCAAUAGUACGAAUCAAGUGUAUGAGCCACGAUCGCAAAUGGACUCUUUGGAAAAACCUAUUACACUCCCAGUUGCCAGCAACCACAAUCGUGCAUGCAUCCUUGCACCAGAAACUGUUGGGAUUGAAAAUGCAAAGCCACCAGUGCACAAUUCACAACUGAUGACUGAUAUGUCCUCUUCCACACAACCUAGCAGUUCAGCGUCUCUGAUAGGAGUCAUGCCGAAUGGAGUGCAUGUUAGUCGAGUGUCAGGUUACAGUACUGAGAUACAGUCUGCUUUAAAAAAAGUGUUGCCAACAACUAUAGAAGCGAUAAAGGCUUUUAACUAUACAACUCAAUUAACUCUACAGUACAUUAAGAACCUCCAAUUUCCCAAAACGUCUCCUUCACAAGAUCGACUAAUAUUACCUCGAUUACCUCACACUAGCCCCUGUACCAGUUCAUCAACUGCAACUCCUCUAUCCCAAGCUCCGAGUAUAGUUCCACCUAAUAUACAGUCACCAGCACUCAUAGGGAAUCCUUCAAAACUUCCAAUUGCCUUCAACAAGGCCCAGAAAAGUUCACACGAGACAGAGAAUGAUGUACAAGAAACUAAGAAAUGUAUGCGAGCAAUAGAACAAGAGUCGGACAAUAAAAACACACUUCAUCAGAUUCUAUGUAUUCCACGUCCAACUGAUUCCCUAGAUCCGAGUCCGAGAGAAAAAUUAGAGGGGGGCACUCCAUCAGACAGUGAGAAGCCUCAAGAACCACGUGAAAAAUCUUCAUCAGAGUCUUCAAGUGCUGUAAGUGUACCACAGAAGCAAGAAUUAGGGAAAAGAACUUCUGAGGAGCGUUUGGUGUGCAAGGAGCAGCUGCUACCUGAUUUGCCUACCCUUCAGUCAGUUAGCUUACAACCAAGGAAGAGAAAGCAGAAGUUCCACUGUCUCGAAGAUACCUCAGUACCUGAGCUCCAUAGAGCAAAAUUAAAUCAACACAAAUCCAAUCACAAGAGAAAGAAAUAUCUGGACGAACCUGAACCCAAAAAACUACGACUUACUUCAGGGUCACAGAGAAUGGCCAGUUUGAAUGCGAGAGCUCGUGUUACAGCUAUGAUGGAACCAGAAAGAAAACUACCAGUGAAAUCUUUGAAAGUCAAACCGAAAGAUAGACUAACAGCUGCAUUGAGCCAACUCGCCAGGAGUGGAAAUCUCCCUGCUGGGGAAUACGUUGCCAUCCAGCACCCUGAGGUGGAGAUACCUCCUGAUUUUAACAGAUCAGGACUGCUGUAUGAUGGGUCGACAGUCCAUCCAACUGCAAUAAAGGUCUUUUACUCGACUACGAAUGAUGGUUUGUACCUGCCCAAGUUCAUCCUACCUAUGAUUGUCCCCUCCAUGGCUAAUACAGUCGGUAAAGAGGUGGAGAAGUCACUUGCUGCUCACCGCUCUCUCACAAAACCUGCAAGCCGGAGCAACAAUGGCUGGAUGACUAUUGGAAGUCCAAUAAAGACGAUCGAAUACACAGAGGAUACUGUCAUCAAUACACGGGAGCACUACAUUGGUAUACAAAGGAAGGGAAAGAUGGUGUUUGUUCGGGACACCGUGACUCUGAGAGCAGGCACGGAUGAGAGACCUUACAUUGGGAAGAUCGCAGCCAUCUGGAGGGAAAGAGAUGGCGUGAUGAUGACCAUCUUCUGGUACUACCGUCCUGAUGAGGUGGAACCUGCUGCCACCUCCGGGAUGACUUUCACUAAGAAUGAGCUGUUGGCGUCGCAGCACUACGACGUGAACAGUGUUGCUUGCAUUGAGGAGAAGUGUUACAUCCUUGGACGUAGCCAGUACUCCAGAUACCAGGCCAGUGUGAUGGGACGCAAGCACCCUGGUACUCAACCCCAGAGGUGUGUGGUACCACCCAUACCGUCUCGAGACCAUAGCUCGUGCUAUGUGAGCCACAUGACCAAGGACCAUCUAUCACAUGAUCUGGACCCAGUGCACGUUGAUCUCGGUCCAUCCAUGGACAAACUUGUUCGCAAAGACUCUUCACUCGUUUAUAUCUGUUAUCGUGGUUACAAUCAUAUUAGUGGCCGAAUUUAUCAACAAUGACAGCCGUUUGUGUACUAAUUAUUAUUUCCCAGAUAUGCACACAGCAUUCAGGCUUGUACAUUUUUGUUUGAUACUUCAUGCACUACUAUUUAUUGCCAAGAAUUUGUGUCAAAAAUUAAA